GUGUGUGUGUGUGUGUGUGUGUGUGUGUCACUGGAGCCAAGGAGGGUGGGAGGGCUUUCUACAACUCCUCAUAGAAUACCAGUUGCUGUCAUCUAUUCUGUCUUCAUCCUAAUCUCCUAACUUUGUGUCUCACUCUAUUUUUUCUUUUUCUUUCAGUUUCUCUAAACAUUUUUGCUUCAUUCUGGGUCCGGGUCUAACUUAUCCAGAACGGUCUGCGUAAAUAUGGUCCGCAUCCGUUUGCAGCGCCCUGAGCAAAAUCAGCACAACUGGAAUUAAAUUGUCCAAACUGAGAACGGUAGAAGCUUUAACCUGACAUAUUUCAAAGAAUCUUCAACCGCACCUACAUUGCUUCCUCAUCCCCAACCUCCCGAAGGCUGUGCACCCCUCCAUGCUGACAGAGAGAGUCCCUGUCGGCCUGAUGACCUCUGUUGCAGCCCCAGAGAAGCCCACCUCCAACACCAUGGGCCCCAAAGAGGUGGAGCUGAUCCUGGUGAAGGAGCAGAAUGGGGUACAGUUCACCUCGACCACCAUAGUGGCUCCGACUCAUACUCAGACCAAACCCAGUGGGGAGAACGAAAGAGAGACCUGGGGGAAGAAAAUCGACUUUCUCUUGUCUGUGAUCGGAUUUGCUGUUGACCUCGCUAACGUCUGGAGAUUCCCCUACCUUUGCUACAAGAAUGGAGGAGGUGCAUUCCUGGUGCCAUACCUGUUCUUCAUGGUGAUAGCAGGCAUGCCUCUCUUCUACAUGGAGCUGGCUCUGGGUCAGUAUAACAGAGAGGGGGCAGCAGGUGUCUGGAAGAUCUGUCCCAUAUUUAAAGGUGUAGGCUUUACAGUGAUCCUCAUUUCCCUCUACGUUGGUUUCUACUAUAACGUCAUCAUCUCCUGGGCGCUGUUCUACCUCUUCUCUUCAUUCACCAGCGAGCUGCCAUGGGUCCACUGCAACAACACUUGGAACAGUCCUAACUGCUCCGACUGGGCUGACAACAGCUCAGUCAGUGAUAUCUACAAGUCCACCCCUGCUCAGGAGUACUUUGAACGACGGGUGCUCCACAUCCAGGACAGUAAUGGGAUUGAUGACCUGGGCCGUCCACGAUGGCAGUUGACUUCCUGUUUAGCUGUAGUAAUUGUUCUGCUCUACUUCAGUCUGUGGAAGGGAGUCAAGACAUCUGGAAAGGUUGUGUGGAUCACAGCCACAAUGCCCUAUGUGGUCCUGACUGUACUGCUGAUCCGCGGAGUCACUCUGCCUGGAGCCAUCGAUGGCAUUAAGGCCUACCUCUCCGUAGACUUCCUGAGACUCUGUGAUGCCAAGGUCUGGAUUGAGGCAGCGACCCAGAUCUGUUUCUCUCUGGGAGUGGGGUUUGGUGUGCUAAUUGCCUUUUCCAGCUACAACAAAUUCAGCAACAACUGUUACAGAGAUGCCAUCAUCACCAGCUCCAUCAACUCUUUAACCAGUUUCUUCUCUGGCUUUGUGGUCUUCUCCUUCCUUGGGUACAUGUCCCACAAGCACAAUGUAGACCUCGACAAAGUGGCAAGAGACGGUGCUGGUUUGGUGUUUGUCAUUUACCCAGAAGCCAUUGCAACAUUACCUGGAUCAUCAGUGUGGGCAGUCAUCUUUUUUAUCAUGCUGUUGACACUGGGAAUUGACAGUGCUAUGGGUGGGAUGGAAUCGGUGAUCACGGGGCUAAUUGAUGAGUUUAAAUGCCUCCAUAAGCACAGAGAGCUGUUCACCCUCUUCAUUGUUUCUGCCACAUUCCUCAUAUCCCUCUUCUGUGUUACAAAUGGUGGAAUGUAUGUGUUCACUCUGCUGGACCACUUUGCUGCUGGGACAUCAAUUCUUUUUGGAGUGCUUAUUGAAGCCAUUGGCAUUGCAUGGUUUUACGGAGUGGACCGAUUCAGUGAUGACAUUGAAGAGAUGAUUGGUCAGCGACCAGGCAUGUACUGGAGGCUGUGCUGGAAGUUUGUCAGCCCCUGCUUCCUCCUGUUUAUGGUGGUGGUGAGCUUUGCCACUUUCAACCCUCCAAACUACGGCACCUACACGUUUCCUCCAUGGGCUAACAUGGUGGGGUGGUGUCUGGCUAUUUCCUCGAUGUCCAUGGUGCCUCUAUACGCCAUCUACAAACUCUGCAUACUGCCGGGCAAGUUUUGUGAUAGACUGGCCUACGCCAUCACCCCAGAGACAGAGCAUCAUUUGGUUGACAACGGGGAGGUUCGGCAGUUCACACUGCAUCACUGGCUGGUGGUCUGAAAAAUACAGAGGGAGAGAGAUAAAGAGACUGAGAGAGAAACAAGAGAGAGAAAGAGACAGAAUGAGAGAGAAUGAGAGUAUGGACUUUGUGCAUGAAUGCAUACACAGCAAAGGUCUGAAGAGAUAGAAAGAAAAAAGAAAUAGCCAUUUGUGUUGAUCAGGGUGAUGGGAGAUUAAAAGUGCCGAAAAACCUAUUGUAGUGUGCUUUAAUUUAAGCAGUGGAUGUGUGAAGCUGUGCAUCGACCCUCUCCACCAUUGUGUUGACACUAGUAAAUGGGAUUCAGUCAAACCUGUAAUGUGGUGUUCAAACUGCUUCUGACCUAAAUACAUAACUCUUUAUGAAUGGGAUUAGAAUGGGAAUUUUUUGAGACAGGUAUGCACAGUAAAUAAGAAUUGGAUUAUGGUCAUUGGGUGAAGACUUUGGACAAAAAUCUGGAAAAGUUAUUUUCCAAAAUGCAGGAUGUGUUUUUGGAAAUAAAUUUUUCUGUAAUAUCAUUUCUGUUUGUUCUACACUUUCUCAGUUAAUUAUUGUCAAGCAGUAGGUAGCAUUCGUUCUCAAAACAAUAUUUAUGAAGUUAUUUUUGAAAUUCCUUCAAAACUGUUCAAUUUUUUCCAUUUAGCAGUCAGUCAUGAUGACAGGUUUCACUGAAUCCCAAUCCAUGUCUUGUUCAUUAUAUGUGUGUAUGUUCUUGCUCUUCUCAAAGACUGUUAUUAUACACACAAUCCCUGGAGACUUUGAGAAAAAGACACCUACUUUUGUUACAUAAAAACAAUGGACAGGAAAGAACAGUUACUACAUCAAUAGACCAACCUAACAUCGUCUGAAUAAACUAAUACAAUGUCUGAAAAAACAUUAUCUGAGAUUUCUCACUGAGGACUCGUCAAUUACAAAUCAAUACUAUUGAUUGUCUAAAAACAGUCACUUCCGAUUACUGCUGUCUGCCUUCAGUCAUGUUGGAUUGACCAACAGAAACAUAGUCUGACCAUUUAUACAGCAAGACUGUCCAACAAAUUCCAACACGUUGGUGAAUAUAUAUUCUAAAAAGAUAUUAAAACUGAGCCUGUCUGUACA